UUUUUGAGCAGUAGAGAUUUUUGAAUACUUCACUGAACAGUCAGUUCUAGAUCCUGUCAUCAAAUCCUGUAUUGCUCUUUGAGGUGGUAACAGAUGCAUAUUUAUUUUAUUUUAAAAAAUGAGUGUAACUAGCAUUGCAUUAAGAGUUGAAACUUGGCUUUUAGCUACAUGGCAUGUUAAAGUACCUCAAAUGUGGCUAGAAGCUUGCAUUAACUGGAUCCUAGAAGAAAAUAAUAAUGUUAAUUUGAGUCAGGCACAAAUGAAUAAACAAGUGUUUGAGCAAUGGUUACUUACAGAUCUGAGAGAUUUGGAACAUCCUCUUUUACCUGAUGACAUUUUAGAAAUUCCAAAAGGAGAACUGAAUGGAUUUUAUGCUGUACAGAUUAAUUCCUUGGUUGAUGUAAGUCAACCUGCAUAUUCUCAGAUACAAAAGUUGAGAGGAAAGAAUACUACAAAUGAUCUAGUUACAGCGGAAACACAGGUUAUCCCCAAACCUUGGGAAGCAAAGCCUUCACGAAUGUUGAUGCUACAGCUAACUGAUGGAGUUGUGCAAAUGCAGGGAAUGGAAUAUCAGUCUAUUCCAGCUCUUCAUAGUGAUCUUCCUCCAGGCACAAAAAUUUUGAUUUAUGGAAACAUUUCAUUCCGUCUUGGUGUUCUUUUAUUGAAAGCAGAAAAUGUGAAAGUGUUAGGAGGUGAAGUAGAUGCUCUUUUAGAAGAAUAUGCACAAGAAAAAGUCCUUGCAAGAUUAAUUGGGGAAUCUGAUCCUACAGCUUCAGUCAUACCAAAUAAUUCUAACCAGAAUAUCCCUAGAGUUACAGAUGUUCUAGAUCCUGUGUUAGGACCUUCUGAUGAAGAACUCUUGGCAAGUCUUGAUGAAAAUGAUGAGCUUGAAGCAAAUAAUGUCACAUUGGAAAGACAUGUCAACACUGGUAGUUCCUUGAAUACUGUUCCUUUGAGACAGUCAGAUUUUGAGCCAGGGUUCAGUUCUCCAAGACCAAAGGAGAAACCAUCAAAUCAAUUUCUACAUUUCACUGAUGGAGAACUGGAUGACUUUUCAUUGGAGGAGGCCUUGCUUUUGGAAGAAACUGUCCAAAAAGAGCAGAUGAAAACUGAAGAAUCACAGCCAUUGACUUUGAACAAAAACACAGAUAAAAGUGUGGAGAGAUUUUCACAUAAACCUAAUACUCUGAAUGAUUUUUCUUUGAUUUGCAAACAAGGAAAUAGUAAUUGGAAUGAAAAAACCUUACCAGAACAGAUGACCCAUGAAGACAGGUCUUUUCCUUGCUCAUCUGCUAAAGAUCAGAAUAGUAGUGUUUUUUCAGGUCAUUGUAAUGUACCAUUAGCACAUAAUUUUAUAAAUAAAAAUAACUCAGAGGCAGAUAAUAAAGUAAAACAAACCAUCAGCAGUUUGGGUGGACAUUCCUUAGAAGAUAAAAUAUUGAAUAGAGAGCUAGUCAAGAGUUUACAAGUUUCUAACGAACAUGGUCACCACUUACAGGCAUUAAGAUCAGAGAGCAGCACUGAUCUUUCUAUUGGCACAAAUUUGUAUUCUCCACCCUUCACCUAUCUCUCUGUUUUAAUGGCCAGCAAACUGAAAGAAGUUACAACAGUGAAAGUCAAAGCAUUUAUUGUAACUUUAACUGGAAAUCUUUCAAGUUCUGGUGGCAUUUGGAGUAUAACUGCAAAGAUUUCUGAUGGCACUGCAUAUCUAGAUGUAGACUUUGUAGAUGAAAUACUUACCAGUUUAAUAGGGUUUUCAGUACUAGAAAUGAAACAGUUAAAAAAGGAUCCUCCUAAAUAUCAAAAGUUCCUAGAAGGUUUGCAAAAGUGUCAGAGAGAUCUAAUAGAUUUGUGCUGUUUAAUGACUGUUUCAUUUAAUCCUUCCUUGUGUAAAGCACUGGUCCUUGCAUUACAAGAUGUUAAUAUGCAACACUUGGAAAGCCUAAGGAAGCGGUUGAAUAAAUAACUUACUAAACAGUAUUAGAGAACAAUUUAAAAGAAGGAAGUAUUUAAAUUUCACAAUUUUAUUUUUGAAACUUUUUGGGGGUUCAGAUUUCAAAAAAUGUGUCAUUGUUAGUUUAUUAAUCUUCAAGGACUAUCUGUGUGGCUUUUCUUAGUUUUUGAAACCUCAUGGGGUAGUACUACUAAGUAUGAUGUUGAGUAAUCCAAAUCAUUUCCUUCCUACUAUAAUUUGCAUAAACUUACUACAUUCUAGAAGAAUUCUGAAAUUGUGGCAUGAUCAUAUACAAGCACAUGGAAGUAUUCUGGUAGAAAAUGAAACCAUGACUGAUGAAAACAGUGGGAAAUGUCUGUCUAACAGAAAAUUGUUUCUAAUAAAAAAUGGGAUUCCCAAAUGUAAGCAAGUUCUUAAGUUCGCGCCUUGUUUUCAUGUUUAGACAGUUGAAUAUCACGUUAAGCUAGUUUCUUGCUGAAAUUUUGUUUUUGUAAAAAAAAAAAAUGAAGUUUUGUAGCUUAUUUCACUGUUUCUUUUAAUUCAGCAUCUAAUUUCCUGUAUUAUGGUAUUAAUGUCUUAUGUUAGUAAGAUAUGUCUGUUAUUGAAAUAGUAUCUACACAUCAUUCAAUAAAGUACGCCAUUUAUUUCUUAGCUUUUCCUUCUUACUGCUUUUCUGUUUCUGGAUCCUGUCCAAGAAGUGUCACAUCCUGUCAUCCUGUCUCCAGGCUCUUCUUGGUGCAGUAUUGUCACAGUUUCCUUGCUUCUGACCUUGCUAGGUCAGGCUGUGUUCCUGCUGUCUCCUGUUUGUCUCAUGAUAAGCCUGGGGCUGUUCUGACAUUUGCUGCCUCCUCUAUCGCAAUAUAGCAGUAUUUCACUCUGCAACCUAGCUGUAUCCAGCUGAAGUUGAGUGACCCCUUCAGUGGUCCACGUGUGUCUCCAGCUGUACCCAUUUCUUCUGGCUGCUAUAAUUGUUGGUCACUGAGAGAAGAUUCAUACCUGCUGGAGAACUAUUGGGAGUAGGAGUUGGGAUACCUGCAGCUUCUUUUGUAGUUCCUCCAUUCCCAAGUACGUGGCUACAUUCUCUGCCAUGAGGUUGCAAAGCCUUUCUUAAAAUUCUGGGUUUUGCAGCCUCAGGUGCUUGUUGCUUUUGUUGUUCUUGGACAGCUCCACCCUGAGGGCAUCAGACACUUCAGUUGAUUCCUCGAUGUACUUGUCCAUCUGCCUACUGUUCCAUCCAAGUCAUCAGAUGUAGUCUGUAUCAGCAUCUCCUACACUAUCAAAAAGAUUUCAGGUGGAUAGCAUGUUCCCCAGACUCUUCUGCUUUUACCAGGCUGCUUGAUGAACAUCAGCCAUGGCUGUCUGUAAUUCUUCCUUCUGAGACAUCAAAAUAUGGUCUGGAUGGGAACCUCUAGCUUUUCUUUGUAGAUCCACCUGCUCCUUUGUCAAGUGCCACUGACGCUGCUUUUUUCCAACUUUUUUGGAGCAUCUUGGCUCUGCUGUGUCAAUACUUCUAUUUUGCUACUAAGUUUUUUUUCAGAUAGCUAGAGUGCAGGGCUACUGUUAGCUCUUGGUACCAGCUUUCGUGGUCCUUCAUCUUUGCAGAUUAUGGGGCUCUCACCUUUUGAUAUAGGAUGUAGGCUGAGAUGCAGAACUUGUGAGAAAGUUGUCGCAGGCUCUUGGUUGAUGAGAAAGUCUUGGUUUCAUCUAUGAGACUGGCCAUCGUCAGCAUCAUAGUUCUAAAGUGACAUAUAAGGAGCAGCACCUGGGGAAAGGACACUGCUAAGUGACAUGUCAUUAGUAGAAGGUGGUGCAGAAAAUACAGCUAGGUCUUUGGGUGCAUCCUCAGGUGGGUGAAAAGCACCAGCAGUGGUUGUCACAGGGUUACUGCCAUUUCUAAUCUUUUUCCUUUUUACUCCUGCAGGUCCACCAACACUAUUUUUCUUUUGAAAUUCUUUCAACUUUUUCUUGGC